AUGAGGACAGGCAUCCUCGCCGUUACACUUCUUGGUAUGACCGCAGUGCAGGCGGCUGCGGUACCCAACCCCAGGACACACCUUCCCAAACUGCCAGAGAAGAAUAUGUGUCACGAAUUUGGAGAAGCCUGCACUAAGCUCCGACGCGCCGUCGACACUGCUGCAGCGGCCAUCGAUUCGGCCGAGCAGCCCAUCUACGCGAAACGUGCGGCACUUGCGCUGGCGGAAGCCGCAGCCAACACACUCACUGCAUACGACCCCAACGCUGGCUCGUGCUAUGCUACAAACGGAACUUGUAAUGUCGCCAAAAGCCAAGAGCUCGCUGAAGCAGAUGAUGACGAUGACGAUGUAGAGGUAGAUGAGAUCGAAGUUGAAGAGGACUUGGAGAAGCGCGAAGCACGGCCUCCAAGGUUUAGGCUCCCGGAGAAGAACAUGUGCCACGAGUUUGGAGAGCCUUGCACCAAGCUCAAGCGUGCGGUGGAAGUUGUUGACCAAGCUCUCACUGGUCCCGGAGCAACUGAUCUCUCCUGCGAGGAAAACGAUGAAACAUGCGAGAAUGCGAAGCGCAGUGUCCAGGAAUUGAGUAACUUAGCAGGAGAAUAUCGCCUUAACUCGCCUCAAUACCCCUACGUCCACAGCACUUUUCCUGCCAGCUCCAAGCCUGGCGUGGCGCUGCAGCCAGGCGAAAGCGGCUUCAGGGAUACUGUCAAACAGCAUUACUCGACUACUGAGAACAAUACGUUGGAGAAAUUGAUCCACUUGAAGAGACUAUUGAGAAACGCGUCGAGGUACGAUUUUUGGCGGAUCCUCAUGAAUGGCAUGACCGAUAUUGCAGGCGCUCAAUACGGCUUCGUCUCAAACCGAAUUCUAUUCGAUGAUGAGAAGCCCACUGUGGAGAUGCCCCCUAUUGGCGAGCCAGGCUCCUGUCUGCUUGGUGUGGCCUUCUACUGGAACGAUGGGGGGAAACUGCAGAACUUGGCUAGAGACUAUAAGUAUUGGGCUUCCGGCUCGCCUUGCGCCUACUUGAAAUAUGAAAAGGUCUUUUUGAUACCCGAUGGCCUGCCUAAAGUUAUACCAAACAAUCCGAAUCCUUUCCCGUUCCCGGCUGAAGCGUAUAUUGGUAUUCCUCUGUUUGCCAAUGAGAAAUGUUUUGGGCAUUUUGGAAUGAUGUGGAAUCAGAAAGGCCUUCAAGAUCUGAAGUUGGGUUGGGCCAAUGUGGAGAUGCUCUUGCACUCUCUUGAGGACCUUGUCCUUGACCGCGCAUUGGGGGGCCAAAGUCUGGAGAAGGAACCAUCUACAAACGUUCCAGCUACAAUACAAUCCACGGAAGCUGUGUCAGCCACUCAGCAGUCUCUGAAGCCGUACGCUAAGAACUUGUCCCAUGAGCUUCGCACUCCCAUGCAGGGGGUUGUUGGGAUGCUAGAUGUAAUGCACGCUACUGUGCAGGAGUCCUUGGAGGAGCAAUACGAUCCCAAUGUAAGGCAGAUCUUCAAGGUUCUACGUGAGAAUAUUGAAGUCGUUCAAGAUAGCUCCCGCCGUGCCGUCGAAGCUGCUGACAACGUUGUACACGCGUACGAUCUGAAUAUGCAGGUGCCGGAUACACAUUUGAAUCCCAUUGACUUCGAAGGCGUUGAAGCGACGUCUAACAUGUCCUCCGAUCAGCAUCAGGAUCGCCAAAUUGGAAAAAUAUCGGCUGAAUCAAACAGCAACAAGCGUAGAAGGACCAGCGAGUCAACCGAGGGAGCUGUGAAACGUCCUCCCAAGCACCAGAUGUUGCAGUCCUCGUUUAUGCCUUCCGAACAUCGCAGAUCUUCUUAUACAGCUGGUACCGUACACAACACAAACUUUCAAAAUAUAGACUCGGAUGGGCUGGAUGGACCUGAAAUUGAUUCGGUGGCAACACCGGGCCUCCGCCAGACCCAUUUACGCGACUUGUUGCAACUAACGAUCAACGAGUCUUUGCGCGUGGGCGAGCGACCAGAAUCAGCCUUCGCCCAGGAGAACAACGGUGGAGAGAUUAUCGAGGUGAAAAUGAGAAACGUAGAUGAUCAGCCUGUUCUGAAAACUAUUGACUGGUCUAUGGAUGCGGAUGUACCGGAAAUGAUACUGGUGGACGAAAGGGACCUCGCUAAGCUUAUUUCCUGCGUACUACUUAAUGCUAUAAAAUUUACGGAGGAGGGAAAGAUCACCCUAAAGGCCUCUUUGUCGACAAGGGCGAAAUUCAUCAUUAUCAAGAUCACUGAUACGGGGGCUGGUAUCCCCGCAGACUUUCUCCCGUAUCUUUUCCAACCCUUUUCUCGCGAGGAUGACUCUCUUACACGUCAUAAGGAAGGACUUGGUCUAGGGCUGCUUGUUGCAAAAGGACUGGCUCGCAAGAUUGGUGGUGAUUUGGUGUGUGUGCGAUCUGACAUUGCGGGACCCCAGAGGGGUUCGCAAUUCGAACUUCGUGUGCCCAUAUCAUCCGGCGAGAUAUCUAGUCGGGCCUCGACACCAAAUAGGACGCCGACCCCAGGACUAGCCUCUGCUCCAGAUCCGACAUCAGUAUCCUCUUCCCGCCGAAAGUCUGCUUCGAAGCUGCAGCGGCACUCCCACUCUCCAAGAAGUUCUCCACCACCAGCUCAGGCAGAAAGUUUAAACCCUGCUACUCCGUCACGGAAAACAAUCAUUCCAGCUACAAAUGAUUCACUGUCUCGGCGGCAAUCGGUCAAGUCAGCACCCACGUUCGAUCGAAAACUUGCUUCAAAGCACCCUUUGACUUUCCUCGUUGCCGAGGACAACACGUUGAAUAGGAGGCUGCUGGUAAACAUGCUCGGCAAGCUUGGCUAUACCGACGUACAUGAAGCCCAUGAUGGCGAGCACGCCGUCAAGCAGAUGAGUGUUGACCGUGCAAGGCGUGGAGAGAAGCCUAUUGACAUUAUACUGAUGGAUAUAUGGAUGCCGAGCAUGGAUGGUUAUGAAGCAACGGAACGAAUAUUUGAGAUGGAAAGACAACGACACCAGAAUGCCCACGUGGAUGGUCAAAAUCAUCAGCAGUAUCGGAAGAAGGGGGUAGCGGUACUAGCAGUUACCGCUGAUGUAACAGACAGAGCGUUAGAACGAGCGAGUGAGGUUGGUAUGUCUGGAUAUCUAACAAAACCAUACAAGUUGCUCGAUCUGGAAAAGAAAAUACUCGAUUACUGCACCGGUGGUGGGGCUUUAGAGCUGUUUUGA